UAAAUAAUAUGUUUUUAAACUGCGCUUUAAAUUCUAAUCAAUUAUUAUAUUUUUUCUCACCUCUUUCUUCUACAAUAACUCAAUCAUUAAGAAAUAUACUGAGCUCCAAAAAGUCGAAUGUAAAGCUUGAUGAUUCCAAUGGUAAAUAUUUGGACAGUUAUUUUGAGAACUACAAUGAACAAUUUUCAUAUCUAAAAGGUUUGAAUUUAAGCAACUUUAAAUAUUUAUGCCAAAUUUUGCACCCAUCAAAAUUCAAAUUUGAAGACCAUCCUAAUUAUUUAGAAACCUUCAGUAUUGUAAAAAAAAUACUUGAAAAAGAUGAAAAUUUAGAAUUGCUGUUACAGAGAAUAAAAGUCAAUUUAACCACACAUUUUGUAUCUAAAACAAGCUUACAACGUUACUUUUCAGAAAACAAAUUAUUUAAAAGAAAUGCUAACCAUCAAUUUUACAAAAGUGAAAGAGGGUUUAAAACUUUUAGAACAAAAGGUCUAGGAACUUACAAAACUUUAUUAAAAAAUAAAAAAACAGAACCAUCUUUAUUAGAUAUAUUUUCAAGUUUUCAGAAAAAAAUUAAGAAAAAAUCUGAUGAUAAGCAAGGGGAUGUUAUGAAGAAUUUAUUAUCAGAUGUCAGCUUAUCUUCUGAAAAAGAUAAAUUAAAGAUAUCAUUUGCAGAAGGUUAUCUUGCUGGUGAAUCAAAAAAAAAAUUAUCAGGGCGUAAAAUGAAUUUUCUUGCUGGCAUUAGAGAACUAAUCAUUUUUAUUAUAAUAAUAGGAAUGCUAUUUAGUGUUGUGGGAGGUCCUAUUAAACAAUUAAUUAUGGGUAAUGGUAAUGAAGUACAUCCUGAAGAUAUCUCAGACACUUUUAAUGAUGUUAGAGGCAUUCCAGAAGUAAUAGAUGAGUUACAGGAAGUAGUUGAUUUUCUCAAAAAUCCACAUAAAUUUUCAUCACUUGGGGGGAAAUUGCCCAAAGGGGUUUUGUUAGUGGGUCCUCCUGGGACCGGUAAAACGUUAUUGGCUAGAGCUGUUGCCGGAGAAGCCAAUGUACCCUUUUUUCAUGCCGUUGGAAGUGAAUUUGAUGAAGUUUUAGUUGGACAAGGAGCUAGGAGGGUCAGGAAUCUCUUCGGUCCUGAAAUUUACCGUCGAUUUGGAUAUAAUACAAAUAAUUUGAAGAUAGGUUUUGGAACCGCCGCUAAAGAAAAAUCGCCUUGUGUGAUAUUUAUUGACGAAAUUGAUUCCGUAGGUGCAAAGAGAAGCAAAUCAGAAUGGCAUCCAUACGCUAAUCAAACAGUUAAUCAAUUAUUAGCCGAGAUGGAUGGGUUUCAUAAAAACGAAGGUAUAAUUGUCUUAGGAGCAACUAAUAGAAAAGAAGAUUUAGACAAAGCUUUAAUUAGACCAGGACGUUUUGAUAUGGAAGUUCAUAUAUCAAGCCCUGAUCUCAAAGGAAGAACUGAUAUAUUUAACUAUUACUUGGAUAAAGUCAAGACUAAUAAGGAUGUUGACGCGAUUCAAUUGGCUAAAGGCACCACCGGUUAUACAGGUGCGGAUAUUGAAAAUUUAGUUAACCAAGCAGCCCUAAGAGCAGCAAAAGACAGUUUGCCCAACGUUAAUAUGCGUUAUUUGGAAAAUGCUAGAGACAAAAUUUUAAUGGGACCCGAAAAAAAGUCAAGAAUACCGGACAAAGAGAGCAACCGAAUAACAGCUUAUCACGAAGCUGGACAUACAUUGGUAUCUUACUUUACUAAGGAUUCAUUGCCAUUACACAAAGUCACUAUUAUCCCUAGAGGAUUCUCCUUAGGACACACAGCUUCUCUUCCCGAUAAAGAAAUGUAUUAUCAAACCAAAGCACAAAUUUUGGCAGCAUUAGACGCUAUCCUGGCUGGAAGAGCUGCUGAGGAAUUGAUAUUUGGCUCAGAGAAAAUUACAUCUGGUGCAUCAGAUGAUUUAAAGAAAGCUACAGAAAUCACAACCGAACUCGUUAAAUCCUGGGGCAUGUCUGAUAAAGUGGGUCUUAGAGUUUUUAAGGAUAACUCCAAUGCGUUUGUUAAUGUUAGUGAACUAGGAGAAACUAUGACAGAAUCAAUUGAUGCCGAAAUUAACCGUUUAUUAAAUGAAUCUUAUGAAAGAGCAAAAAGUCUUCUGAAAAAUCAUACUAAAGAACAUCAUUUAUUGGCACAGGCAUUGUUAAAAUAUGAGACCCUAAAUGCUGAUGAUAUCAAAAAUGUUAUAGAAGGCAAAACUCUUAUCAAAAACAUUUGAUUACGAAUUCUAAUUUGUAUAUUUUUAUUAUGAA